GCAUAUGCAUUAUGAGUGUCAUCACUCUAGCAUGUUUCUGAUCGGAGGAAUAAGACUUGUUGCAACCGUUCCCAGUCUACCUACUUUAGACUGCAUUUAUUUUUCAUAUAUUUUGACCUUUUGUUAAUAUUUUCUAAUUAAUCUGCUUUGAUUCCGGAUAUUCUACUGCUGCCAAUUUACACAUCCUGCGUAUAUGCAGUGAAAUCACUUUAUUCGGGUUUCUUUAUCAAUAUGGGGAACUUACUAUAGGUUACGAGUGUGCUGAAAGCAUGAUUCUUAAAUUCCGACAGCAUUGAAGGCACCAGUGCUGCUCCCCCUGCAGGUUGCCGGAGCUUUCUGCUUACCAAAGCACACCGAGUUCCGCUCCGUCUGGCCAAUCGUGUCGCGCUGUGGCAGUGUGCAGAGAUCAUACGGAGGUGCUGCUGCUCACUGAGAGAGGGAUCCUUUGGAGGAAAGAUACUAGACCUGGGUGACCGCUCUGGGCAAACAUCACCCCUACUUCCCUGACACAGUGACCGCGUGACAUUGCCAUAACCAGCUUCAGUCCGGAUGUUGAUCUGGUCCCCAGAAGUGACACACAAACCUGGUGACCCUCAGUGAUUGACCGAUGUGUGACACUGUGGAGAACCAUUUGCCUCUCCCAGUGGAGAUCUGAGUUCUGGGACACUGAGGCAUCUGAGGGGGGGUCUCUGUGGAAGAUGCUGGGUUCAGAGCGCGGUGUUGUUGAAGAAUGGCUCUCAGAAUUCAAGUCCUUACCAGAAACCCGCAUCCCUAGCUACGCCGGCAGCCUUCAUCUAAAGAAGUCUCUGGUGCCAGCGCUCUACAGAGUCAUCCAGGACCCCAACAAUGAGCUACUGGAGCCUGUGUGCCACCAACUGUUUGAGCUGUACCGGAGCUCUGAAGACCGCCUGCGCCGCUUCACCCUGCAGUUCUUGCCUGAGCUGGUGUGGGUAUAUCUGCGUGUCACGGCCAGCAGGGAUCGCCAGAGCAAUGGGUGCAUCGAGGCCCUCCUCCUGGGCAUCUAUAACCUGGAGAUCGUGGACAAAGACGGCAACAGCAAGCUCCUCUCUUUCACAAUCCCAUCUCUGUCCAAACCAUCGAUAUAUCAUGAGCCUUCUAGCCUGGGGUCCAUGGCUUUGACAGAGGGGGCUCUCUGUCAACAUGACCUGAUCAGAGUGGUGUACAGCGGCCUCCACCCUCAGAGAGAGACCUUCACAGCUCAGAACAGGUUUGAAGUGCUGUGUUUCCUCAUGCUCUGCUACAACUCUGCUGUGGUCUACAUGCCCCUAUCUUCCUAUCAGUCAGUCUGCAGAAUGAGCUCACGGUUGUGUAUAUGUGGCUUCCCACGGCAGCAGCAGAAGCUCUGGAGGGAACCGUGCAACCGCGUGCUGCUGGACCCCGAGUUCAUGGUGCAGAUGCUAACUGCCGUUUAUCACGCCAUAUACAAUGGAGAGUGGGAGAUGGGUCGGGAAGCUCUGGAGGACAUUCUGUACAGAGCCCAGCUGGAGCUUUACUCCCAGCCUCUCUUGCUGGGGAACGCCAUGAAGAACUCUCUGCCAGACAGCGCUCCUGUCGAGCCGCGUGGGCGCAAGGUGCUCCAGGUGGAGGUGACACCCACCAUUAGCCGUAUCUCCAUCUCAGCCAUCACCACUGCCUCCAUACGACGCCACCGCUGGAAGAGAGAGGAUUGUUUUGACUACUCAACCGAUGCAGAGUUGAGCCUCAUCGUCAAUCCUCCUAGCCUCGCCCAGCAGCAGCACCACCACCACCAUACUCCCUGGGACCCUGCAGCCAAAGAGGAGAGAGGAGGGCGGCCUCACAGCCACCACAGCAGCAGCAGCAGCAUCAUUCCCCCCAUCACAUUUGAGGAAGCUGAUGGUAUGAGCGGCGGGGAAGAUUCCUUCAACGUCAACGACCCAGACGAGGGUUUCUCCUCCGGGGCGUCUAACAGCAGCCAGCCCAGCGGCACCAAGGCGGGCGGCGGCGUGGGGCAGAGGGGUGGCAGCCUGAACAGCAGCAGCAGCAGCAUCAAGAAAGCCAUCACGGCUCGGCUGUCUCGGGACAAGGAGAGAGAGCGGGAGAGGGAACGGGAGAGGGAGCGAGAGAGGGAGGCGGAAAAACAGGCAGAUUUGUCAGCGGAUCACCAGGCUGUUGUGAGGAGGCAUCACCAGAGGCAGCAGUCGCCUCCAGCCAGCAUCAACUUGGAUGCCAUCCAGCUGAGCCCCAUAAAGAAGCACCUGAGCUUCCCUGCGGGGCCCAUGCUGGUGCGGACGGGCAGCACCUCCUCCAGCAAGUCCUUUGACUGCAUGAAUUUCAACCUGAACGGAGGCGACGACGAGCAAGAGGAGGCGGCGGGGGGCUCUGACAAGGAAGGAGGGCUUCCAGCAGGCAGCUCCCAUCGCCACUCCACCAUUAGCCUGAAGGAGGAGCACCUCAUUAGGCCAGAGGACGCCCAGGACCUCCUGUCUCCUGGAGCUCCUCUCACCAAGCAGUCUCGCUCACCCAGCUUCAACAUGCAGAUCAUAUCACAGGUCUAAUGUGCAGUAUAGGGCAUGGUAGACACACACACACACACACACACACACACACACACACAAUACCUGUUCAUAACAUACAUCCUCGUGCAGUUUUUCUCUGCAACUCUUUACAACCCUACUAUGACAACUUCUGUCUACUUAUCUGUGUGUGUGUGUGUGUGUGUGUGUGUGUGUGUGUGUGUGUGUGUGUGUGUGUGUGCGCGCGCGCAGGAACACAUCUUCAGAUCUCAAGAGUUGUGUCUCCACCCUUUUAACAUCCAUUAAACUUAUAAUCAUGACCUGCAGUCGUUGCUGGUGGGUUUUAACAUUACUGAAAAUGCAACAAGAGAAAAGUAGUAAAUGACGACUGCCCGCUGCUGUGACUACAGUCAAGUGUAAAAGAGUCCAGCACGUCACUGCAUCCUCCCAAGUCUGACCAAGCUGAGCAUUCCACACAGAAACUCUCCUCAAAAGAGGAAACGUUGAGAGAACACUUGUAAGGAUGCCACGCUAGCUGUAGGGGAUAUGUGAUGUUUCCGAUAUUUUUUGAGUUCCUGACUGAAUCAGUCAAAAAUGAAUCAGCAAUAACACUUAGAGUCGCUCAUGUGGAGAAGAGUAGGGAUUAUUGCUCUUUCUCUUCAUUCCUUCCCUUUCAUUCCCGGGCUCACGUGCAAUCAUUCUUGCUGAUUAUCUUCCUUGUUAAUUGCUUUUUUGUAAAUUAGGCAUAAAUGGUUUUAUGAAUAAAAUUUCUUUAAUUUUUUUUAUCACAAUCCAAAGAAGGUAGCAUCAAGUCAAACCCAAGUGAAUAUCUAGUUUUCAGCCCAUGACCUUCAUUUUAUUCUGUAAUUAUAAUAUUCUGAUUUGAUCUGUAAAAUCAGACUUUUAAGAUUGUUGUAAAAACCAAACUGGAAUGUGGUUAUGGUUUGUCUUGCCCCAAGCUUUUAAAUGGACAAAUCUGAAGAAAUCACUACUGUGUAGCUACAAGAGGAAUUCAUCUUGUGACUUGAUUUAAAAUCUGAAGCUUGUGGAAGAACUUGAUUAAAAGGUUAAAUGUAGACAGUGCAGGUUUGGGUCUGCAGCUAAAGGCAAUGACUGUAUUUUGUAUUGGAUUGUUAUUAUGGUUCAAACCAUUCAAUGGGUCCUUCCAUCUGAAAGCACUUGUUGGUGUGUUUGUCAGUCUGUGUUGAGGCUGUGGCUUGUGUGUGCUGUCAUUUCUGAGUCAGUGAAUUACUUCCCUCUGGGGGCUUGUACUAGUCACUGCGCAUCAGCAUUCACCAUGACGAUUGUCGCGUGUUUUGUGCUCUGAUUGGAUGCUCAUGAAACAUUUUGUUCUACCUCAUUGUGUUCACCUGCCACUCAGACACCUGUCUCCCAAUCAGACGCAAAUUCCCCCAUUAGGUUUGAAACUGGAGCACUUGACCAGUUGGGGGAUUAGAUAGUGUGGACCAAAGUGGUUUCACACUGCAACUGUAAUGACACGGUGUGUGUUCAUGUGAGGAGUUGUGACUGAAUAUCUCGGCCUUGCAUUUCAGUUCAGUCACAUCAUGCACAAAACCUAGCUGCAAAACAAGAACACGACUGUCUUCAGGUUUUCGUAUUUUCUUUCGUAUAUCAAACAACCACAUUGGGAUUAACCUGAUUUAUUUAAAUUAUCCAGAAAUGUCCAGCUUAUCUUUUUUUUUUUUUAAAAGGAUUUUUGAAGUGCAAUUUUUUUUAUCCUCAUGUGCAUGGAGUUGGAUCUUGUCUGCUGUUAAAUGCCUGCAUCUGCGCACAGUGCUAGCUAGCCUUCUGUAGUGCUCCCUGCCCAGGCUGAGUGAUUUGAACAUGGCAUGCUUGUCUGCAUGUUUAGUGCCCUGCGAAGCAAUGCUGUUUCAGAUGUGUGAAACAGCCAGCGAGCCAAACCCAAGUCUCGUCCUUGUCUUUGCCAGAUGUGCCAAUACACAUCCUCUACUUAAGGAAUUUCUUUUUUUGCUUGGGUGUCUUAAGUUAAAAUGCCUAUUUUUUCUGUUAACUGCUCUUAUUUUAAAGUUAAGGGACAAAAAAAAAGGGAUGUUUGGACGUAUGGCUCAACGUGCCCUUUGAUGCAGCUUCACCUUUUCUGCCAUGAAUUUUCUUUUCACUCAUCACACUUGUGUGUGUGACGCACUGUACUCUCACAAUCAUUACUAAGCUUUGCUGUUCACAUGUAAAAGCAGUAUAUUAAGCGUCUGUGUACUGUAGAUGUCAGCUGUUGUAUUGCAUUUUCCAUGUCUUGCUCACGUGCUUGUUUAAAACGAGGAUGAAUGAUUAUAUAUACCAGAUGUAUAUAAAAGUCAGUUCAGUCUGCAGUGAAAAUCCCACACGCUCAUGCUCCCACUGUGCUGGAAACCUUCACAGCUGCUGCUCCUGGUCCUGAGUGAGUCCUGUGUGCGCUUUAGCCUUAAACAUUUCAGGCCAAAAAGCCUCGAUCGUCGGCUCUUUGGCCCCAUGUGCUCCUCCUCCUCCUCCUGCUGGACUGUGGAAGAAGAAGAGAGGCGUGCAGCUACAGUUCACACUCUCACCUGGUCUGUCUGCUGUCAUCCUUGUGCUGUGUGGCUCACAACGAGCAGUGUUCCCAUUUGCUGUAUUUUGCUGUGAGUUGAGUGGCACCUUUUUUGCUGUUUUUCAAACUGGUGACGCGUUCAUGUCAUUAAUACGAGUGCCCCUGACCAAGGUUACCAGCAGCCAUGUUGGAACUGUAUGUUGACUUAGGAUAGACGAAUAUCCCUCAGUGUCUGGUGUUAUUUGCAUGUGAUCAGGGCAGGAAAUGAACACCAGCCGGUGAAUGUUGAUAAAACCUGACUGUGGCUGGAAAUUUUAUGUGCCAUCUAUAAAUAAUAGUACAAGAAGCAGAAUAAUAAGCCCAGAAAUCCACAUAUAAAGGUCCAUUUCAAAAAGUCUCAUCUAGGUGGUUAAAAAAUGUCUGGUUAAAUUUGUAUUUGGUCAGCCACUGCUGCUGGUGGACAAAGUUCAUUUCCUGUCCUGCAUGUGAUAACUGUGGGCUUUGUUUUCAUGCAGUAUAAUGCACUUUAAUCCAUCCACCUCUCUCCUCAAGAUAGUUAUUGAAAUUAUAUAUAUAGAUGUGCAAAUGUGUAUACACUCAAUGCAGGGUUUUAGUCUCUUUAAAGUAGUACUUCUAUGUGAUGUCACAUCCAACACAAUGCUAUUUUUGUUAAAGUCUAAGGGUACAGCUAUUUAUUUAUUUUUUUCUUUUCAAAACCAAAAAAAGUUACGAGGUCUGGAAGGUCUCAGGAGUUUAUCAAAAAGCCGCAUUUUAAAAAUGGCAGCACCAAAAUUUCUGUUCUUGAAGUCAGAAUUUAUUCUAUGCAACAUUUCUUCCCCUUUUUUUUGUUUUUGGUGUACCGGCUUUCAUUGAUCCUUGUUGGGUGGGAUGGGGCAGAUGCAUUUAAGCUGAUUUUUAAGGUGCAAGUCUCAACACUGUCCCCAUUCAGCGAUUCUGUUUAUACACCCGGUUGUGGUGCUACAGAGCGAAGGACCUCUCUUCAUGUGGGUGAAAUAAGAGGACCAUCUAUUUAUCAUCUGCCUGCCCUCACCGAGAGAAAGCCACACCUGGACUUUUGGUGCAUGUCAAGCCCUUCUGUCAGUUUGCUGCUCUGUGGCUCAAGACGUCAGUUGGUAUAUGAUAGAUUAUCUAAUGAAUCUAAUCUAGAUGCUUCGAGGGAAGCUGCUGGACGAUGUGAUAACACUGUACUAUUGAUGUUGUAUAAAUGGUGAGAAAGACUUAUUUUAAAUCUUGUAAAUAAAAAAAUGUACAAAGGUGAAAGCAAGAUAAAUAUAAAAAACUGUCUGAUAUGUAGAGAAAUUAAUCUGUAUAUUGUUGAAUAAAUAUUGUGCCGUAAGGGA